CCCUGCUCCGGGCGGAAGUUCCCCGCCCCACCGGUGAGAGUAGGGGUUUGACCAGAGCAAGUAGGAUCCUGCCCGGGUUCCAAUUUUCCGCGGCUCCUCCUCCUGUUGCUACAGGUUCUAUUCCUGGGACUCAGAUGGACCACACAUCCCCGACCUACAUGCUUGCUAAUUUAACCCACUUACAUUCUGAACAACUUCUUCAGGGCUUGAAUCUCCUUCGUCAGCAUCACGAACUCUGUGACAUUGUUCUUCGCGUAGGUGAUGUUAAAAUUCAUGCGCAUAAAGUGGUACUUGCCAGCAUCAGCCCAUAUUUCAAAGCCAUGUUCACUGGAAACCUUUCUGAAAAAGAGAACAGUGAGGUUGAGUUUCAGUGCAUUGAUGAGGCUGCACUUCAGGCCAUUGUAGAAUAUGCCUACACAGGGACUGUCUUCAUUUCUCAGGAUACAGUUGAAUCUCUCCUGCCAGCAGCAAACCUACUUCAGAUAAAACUUGUCCUGAAAGAAUGUUGUGCAUUUCUUGAAAGCCAGCUUGAUCCUGGUAAUUGUAUUGGAAUUUCUCGUUUUGCAGAGACGUAUGGUUGUCAUGACCUUUAUUUGGCAGCUACUAAAUACAUAUGCCAGAAUUUUGAAUCUGUUUGUCAAACAGAAGAGUUUUUUGAGCUUACACAUGCGGAUUUGGAUGAAAUUGUCUCCAACGAUUGCUUGAAUGUAGCUACGGAAGAGACCGUUUUUUAUGCAUUAGAGUCUUGGAUCAAGUAUGAUGUACAAGAACGCCAGAAGUACUUAGCACAGCUCCUGAACAGUGUGCGAUUACCAUUGUUGAGUGUUAAGUUUCUCACUAGGCUGUAUGAAGCAAAUCAUCUUAUUCGUGACGAUCGUACUUGUAAGCAUCUUUUGAAUGAAGCCCUGAAGUACCACUUCAUGCCUGAACAUAGACUCUCUCAUCAGACAGUCUUGAUGACACGACCUCGUUGUGCUCCCAAAGUACUCUGUGCAGUAGGAGGAAAAUCUGGACUCUUUGCUUGUUUGGAUAGUGUGGAGAUGUACUUCCCUCAAAAUGACUCUUGGAUUGGUCUGGCUCCCCUAAAUAUUCCUCGCUAUGAAUUUGGAAUCUGUGUUUUAGACCAAAAGGUAUAUGUUAUAGGUGGUAUUGAAACCAGUGUGCGUCCUGGUGUCACUGUCAGAAAACAUGAGAAUUCAGUGGAAUGCUGGGAUCCAGACACAAACACCUGGACUUCUCUAGAGAGAAUGAAUGAGAGCCGAAGCACCCUUGGAGUGGUAGUGCUCACGGGAGAACUGUAUGCAUUAGGUGGAUAUGAUGGACAGUCUUACUUGCAAUCUGUAGAAAAAUACAUUCCCAAAAUAAGACAAUGGCAGCCUGUGGCCCCAAUGACAACCACACGAAGCUGCUUUGCCGCGGCCGUCCUGGAUGGGAUGAUCUAUGCCAUUGGUGGGUAUGGCCCUGCUCACAUGAACAGUGUGGAGCGUUAUGAUCCAAGUAAGGAUUCCUGGGAGAAGGUUGCAUCCAUGGCAGAUAAAAGGAUUCACUUUGGUGUGGGAGUCAUGCUAGGCUUUAUUUUUGUGGUAGGUGGGCAUAAUGGUGUCUCGCAUUUGUCAAGCAUUGAAAGAUAUGACCCUCAUCAAAAUCAGUGGACCGUGUGUAGACCAAUGAAAGAGCCCAGAACAGGAGUUGGUGCUGCGGUAAUUGAUAACUACCUGUAUGUAGUCGGUGGGCACUCAGGGUCUUCAUAUCUGAACACAGUGCAGAAAUAUGACCCUAUCUCAGAUACGUGGCUGGAUUCAGCUGGCAUGAUAUACUGCCGCUGCAAUUUUGGAUUGACUGCACUUUGACAAGUGUAAACUCGUGUAAGUAGCGUGGUGGGGAAGUUUGUGCCAUGUGAAAGAAUGCCCAGUUAUCUGAAACCUAAGCUGCGUUGCUUUCUUUUUAACUUGAAGUGGCAUGAAGACUCCGCGUUUUGUUGGAUACUUCGAAGUGACAGUUUGAGAUGCUCUUGAUCAUACAGUGAAUCAACAAAACGAAAAAGAAAGAAGAGUCGAAAAGAAAAGGGAAAGACCUUGCCAGUUCAGUUGUGCGCUUUUUCCCCCUGAAGACUGGGAUAGACCAGUUUUAUGUUCCUAAAUGUACAUGUAGAACAGACUUUGCUGCUUUUUGGAGUUUGUUUUGUUCUGUUUUGUUUUUUAAAUAAUUGUAGCUCUCCUUUCUUGAUUGGUAUCAUGAUUUACUCAGAUGAGAGAAGAUGAGCAUAUUGAAUGGCCAGACAGAAUGCUUAUAGUAGUUGUUGGAUGUAAAUCCAUGUGCUUCACAUUGUUUUCAAACAAAGGGCUGCUUUUACUUUUGGUACCUUUAAGGACUGUAAAUAUCAUGCCAUGGUCAGUCAUGUGAGUACUCUUCCUACUAAAUGAUUUUAGGGCUAAUAGUGUGGUAAGGUUACAAGAGUUGCUUUUAUUAUCAUCUUUGGAACCCUGUUUUAAGACAUCACAUAUUGAUUUUUGAUGCCUUUUGUACAUGGGCUGGAUGAUCUAUAUUAUCAUCUGUGUUGUGAUAACCAGGAUCAGAACAAACUAAUCAUAUCAGUUUCAGUUUUUCUUGUACUACAGCAGGCUCCCUAGAGGUGAUGUAAAAAUAUUUGAAAACUGUUUAGUGCCACCCUUGAUGCAUAUUGAUUUUUUCACAUAUUUUUAAAAUCAUUUUAGUUUUUCAAGGUCUUAAUUUUUUUAUUUUUCAGUGUUCAAAUAUAAAAAUGGUGCUAACUGUAGAUCUGUAACAAGGCUCUAACCCAUGUUCCUUUCGGGUGGUCAGUGUGAGCUAUGCAUGAAAUAUUUUGGUAAUUUUUCAUUUUUACUGGUUUGAUUCAUUUGUGCUUAUGAAAAAUGUUAACAUCCAAAAUCAUCUAAAUAGCCUAUAUUUGCUUCUCUUGGUUUUUGAGUAGUGAUUUAAAGUAUGAUGCAUUUUUGAUCUUUCUUGUGCUACAGGUUAUAUGUCCUUCUUCAGAACAGAAACAUGCAUUAAAUUUAAAGCUCUAGCUAGUUAUGUAUUACUUUGUUCAUUUCUUAGGUGACUGAAUAUUUUUAAAUUAUUAAGGAAAACUGGAACUCGAUGUUUACUUGAAUAAAUGGUUCUAAAUUCAGUUCUGCUUUGAUGAAAGAAACUAUCUUUUCAAACAAAACUAUUUGCUACAACCAGUGACAGCUUAUUUAAAAGAAAUGAUUAACUUAUUUUAGCAUGUGUUAGUAAAUGUCUAUUAGUCUGAAGCACAUUAACUUGCAUUAUAUUGUGAUGUUGGUACUUGUGCUUUCAUACUGUAGUCAUAGUCUUGAUUUUGUUUUAACCUACCCACUAUCACUUUAUAAAGUCUAAAGGACCAGUGAAUAUUUUUU